GCAUUCUUCUGUAGUACUUGGUAAAGUCAAGUCCUGCGCAGGAAUACGAAUACGAACAAGUGUACGGACUAAAAGUUAUCGGUGCUCAAUUCUCACUGCUUUGGGAGGCAGGUCUGCGGGAAGUGGAUAAGGUAGUUAGUCGCUGGGAGUCUCGUCGGAGUGCCAAGCGCCAACUUGGUCCAACAUCAUCGAAUGGGCAGCAUGUAUGCAUCAUCCUGUACGCAGGGUUCCCUCCAUUUUUCGUUUUUCUUCCCCUCUUGUUGCUCUCCAUGGAUUUGCCAAGAGAAACAGCCGAAGCAGGAAUGGAGUUGUCAACUUGACCCUGUCCUAUCCGCUGCAGCAACCGUUUCCCUAGAGUGGAGCCCCUUUUUUCUUUUUUCCUUUUCUAUUUUUUUGGGGGGGGUUGCUCGGUGCGGUGGCGGUGGAUGGAAAAGGGACGAAAAGGGGAGGUGGGGGGGGGGAAAAACACAUCUACCAGUACGGGGGGUACUUUUUCAAGGACCUUUCAAUAUGAGCUCAAAUUGACAUACAUCAAAAAGAGGAGAAGGGAAGUGGUAAUUGCUAAGCAAGCUCAUGUCUCAGGUGGCGUUGGAUUUGAAAGGCUCUGACUCGUACAGAGUAGUAGAAACAGA